AUGUCUUCUAGCACAGCAGUGACUACUUCCAAAGUAGCUAAUGGUAGUAUCAACGGAAGUGUUAAUGGAACCCCCACACCUCAAACUAAUGGUAAUUCAAAGAACAAUAAAAGAAUAGAAUUAGAAAAUAUAAUACGAGAAUUACAAAACAAACUUGGAUCUGAUUGGGAUAAGUAUCAUGAAAGUUUGAGUUUAUUCUUAAUAGGGAAACUUAGUAGACAAGAAUUGGUUAAUAACGUAGUACCGAUAUUAAAGAAUGGAUUGAUUAAAUAUCAUAAUAAGUUAUUAUUACUUAACUUUGCUAACUCUUUCAGGGAUAUACCAAUUGAUUUUCAGAAUGAUUUUGCUACAUUUUGGAAUAAAAAGGCCAAGACUAAGACAGUCAAAUCAUCACAAUAUGAAAAAUUCAAACAGAAUAUUAUGGGAUUACCUAUUAAAGAAAGGAGAAGAAUUCGAGGAAUAACCAGAGAUUCAGGUAAAAAGAAUAAGAUUAAUGCGGGUAUUACAUUAACAAGACAUGCUUUAUUACCUAAAAUACCUUCAAUUCAAGAUAAAGAACAACAACAAUUACAAGUUAAUAAUAUAGUUUCAUGGCAACAAGAUGUUGUUAAUGGUAUAAAUGCUCCUAUAUCCACGGAAACUUUUGAAUUACCUGAUACGGAUGAUUUAUCUAAACGAGUUAUAAUGAUGAUGAGAGAAUCAGGAUUAACGGGGAAUAUUAAUCCUCAAGUAUUAGAUAUUUUAAUGUUAGGAUUAGAAACUUAUCUUAAGAAUAUUAUUGAAAGUUCGGUUGAUGUGGCUAGAUUUAGAGAAACUAAAUAUUCAAGUAAUGAUUUCUUAUCAACAGCUAUUCAAACAGUUAAAGAAACUUUUGAAGAUAAAGAAGAAAAGAAACAAUCACCUAAAAAACCAACUAAACUCAAGAAAGGUAAACGAGGUGGUAAAAGAGGUAGAGGUCGUGGAGGAGCCAAAACUCGAUCAAGAAAGAAUGAUAGCGAUGAUGAUGAUAAUGAUAAUGAAAGUGAUGAAAAGGAUAAGAAAGAUGAAGAAGAGAAUGAUCCUAAAAGACGUAAAGUGACGUUAAAUAUUGAUGAUAUGUAUAAUACCUUUGAAAUGUUCCCCUACUUAGCAGAUCCUGGUGGACCUAAAUAUAGAUUAAAUUCCGUUAUGCUUAAAAAUGAUGAUGAACCAAUUGAUGAUUUAGAUUAUAAAUUACCUAAAUUCCAACAAUCUUAUCUUGCUUCAGUAAAUAAAGAAGAAACUGAAUCCCAAUCAACAACUGACACUGUUCCUAAUUAUAGAGCUCAUAUUGGUACUACUGAUGAAUUAAAAUGGGUGGUUCAUGAUUUAUAUAGUAAAAUGUAA